AUGUCUAAUGAGCAACCCGAUGAUACUAAGGGAAAGGCUUCUUUUCUGUCUGGGAGUCAAAUUCAGGAAGGCUUUCCUAGACAAUCGACAUGGUGGGAAAAAGCUUCAAUUCAAAUGCACGUUCCUGAAGAAUUGUCUCCUGGCUAUGGAUGUAGCUUCACUCAGACUAUAUUUAAUGGGAUUAAUGUGAUGGCUGGAGUUGGGCUUCUAUCUACACCUGAUACUGUGAAACAAGCUGGGUGGGCCAGUAUGUUGGUGAUGGUUAUUUUCGCAGUUGUGUGCUGUUAUACAGCAGAACUAAUGAGACAUUGCUUUCAAAGCAGAGAAGGCAUCCUUAGCUACCCAGAUAUAGGAGAAGCUGCAUUUGGAAAAUAUGGCCGAGUUGUUAUAUCAAUUGUUUUGUACACCGAAUUAUAUUCAUAUUGUGUGGAAUAUAUCAUCAUGGAAGGCGAUAACCUUACUGGUCUUUUUCCUGGAACGUCCUUGCAUUGGGGAGGUUUGGAUUUGGAUGGCAAGCACUUAUUUGCAAUUUUGACUGCACUUAUUAUUCUCCCUACUGUUUGGUUGAAGGAUCUUCGUAUAAUCUCCUAUCUCUUAGCUGGAGGGGUUAUUGGUUCAAUGUUGAUCGCUAUUUGUGUUGUUCUUGUUGGGACAAGAAAUGAUGUUGGAUUCCAUCAGACUGCUCCAUUCGUAAAGUGGAGUGGCAUUCCAUUUGCUUUUGGUAUCUAUGGGUUUUGCUUUGCAGGACAUUCAGUUUUUCCCAAUAUAUAUCAGUCUAUGGCUAACAAAAGAGAAUUUACAAAGGCAAUGAUCAUAUGUUUUGUUUUGCCCAUGUUUUUAUAUGGAGGUGUUGGACUGGCGGGAUAUCGCAUGUUUGGUGAAAAGACAUUGUCUCAGAUAACAUUGAAUCUACCACCAAAUUCACUUGCUUCCAAAGUCGCUUUGUGGACUAUAGCAAUUAUUCCGCUAACUAAAUAUCCUUUUUCCCACCAUGUCGAUUGUCUACCACAUUUUUUAUUAUAUUAG